AUGGUCGGUUUUGACGAAGAAAUGCUGGACUCUUGGGGUCCAGCAGUUUGGGGAGUCAUCUUCGACCGAUUGCAAAGCGGAAAUGUCAAAGGUGGUACGCUUCAGGUUGCCUGGCCAAGCAACGUCGACAGGAAAACAGCAGCCCAGCAAAUCCAAUGGGCCACCAAGUUGCCUCUCGCCCACCUCCCUCAAAAGGCACUCGAUAUAAUAUUUGACAAAAUGGUUGGUUUCUCAGUGGGGGUUCGAUAUAUGGAAGAAAAGAAGAUCCACGCUAUGCAUGGACUCCUAAAACACAACGGACCACUCAAAGCGAGUGUGGAAAAAUGGUUCAGAUGGCCGGGGACCGUCGAAAAAUGGAGGGGUUUGAUCCGGUCUUACAAGAGUUACGAAGAUGCAAUGGGACACUUGUCGGAUUGCACUACGUUCCCAAGAGAAACCGAUAAUCAUCCAUUCAAGACCCACCCUGCAUACAAUGCCGCAAUGCAAUGCUCUUCCUGCUUGGAGUUCCUGGUUCAUUUCGGGAUCGUCACGCCCAAUGGCUAUGACUUAUCAGGAAGAAGCUGGAUCGAGGCAGGAUUGAAUAGUCCUAAUAUGGAUCUGCUCACCUACCUUGUCAGCAAUGCAGAUCCUCAGCAUCUGAUCAAACCCAGAGAUAUCAGAGAAACCCACGAAAACCACAUCCUUCUCUCACUCGUCGGUGUCGGCGCAUUUUCUCAAUUCGUGAUUGCCCUGAACAGGCUACGCCAGGCAAAACUCGUGCCCGUCGACGAACUCCGCAAAAUCUUCCACGAAGCAGCGAUGCAUGAGUUCUGCGCUGUCGCCCCCGUCGCCGUGGCAGAAGCACUCUACCAACACGGAAUCAACAUCGGCAACGUCGAGCACCAGUACCACGAACUCGGCGGACAGCUAGAAUCCUCCUGGCACAUCGCCGCAGCCUUCAACCCAGCCGGAGCUGAGUUCAUGGCCUGGCUCGAAAAAUUCUCCAUGCUCAACGCCGAGGUCCGAAACUCAGAAAACAUGAACCCGUUAAUGUACGCCGCGUGCUUCGACGAGCCAGCCUCAAUCGAUUGGCUCUGCCAGAAAUGCGAUCCCAUGCAGCCCAGAUUAACCGGAGGCGCGCAGGGGUACGCCUUGAUCUGCGCAGCUCGAAGCUCACACCUCCACAGCGGCGAGAUAUUCUCUAUCAUCAUCUCCCACCUACCCGAUAAGCUAUUCACCAAUGAAUACGGCAAAAUCUUCGGCACAGAGAUCGCCGAAGGACUAGCAUCACACAAGCGCAAGCUCGCCGACGGCCGAGUCCGCGACCCCACGCAGAACGUGAUGGAGCUGCUCGCCGUGCGCAAGAUGCAAGCGCUCGUCCGCCGUCUGUCUAAUCACUGGACUGGGAGUCAAUGGCAUUUGGCUCUGGAUGCAUUCAUACGCGAUAAUGAUCUGGGGAUCCUCAGGCACAGUAUCGGUACAGGCACGCGUCUGCUUCGGAGCAGCUCGCGGGAUGGCUCGCGCAACCGCCGUAAUGUACGCUAUCCCAAGAGCCCUCAGCUAAGCAGUAUUUCGGAACAUGAGGUGUUGCCGAGGGAGAAUGGUAAUGGGUCGGAUCCUGCUCUCGCGGAUGCUAUUAGGAGGAAUAGGCCUAGUCGUGUUACUGCUCGCAGUGGCGGCAGACAGACUCUUGGUCCUAUCAGGGAUUCUAGCAAUAUGGUCACUAAGAAUGUGGGUAGGAUGGGAUCGAAUCGCCGAAUUUGA